AUGGGAAAUUACACUUGCCUCACAUAUCGAGACGAAAACGAAAAAUUUAUUACAGAAAGUUUCCAAGAAAUGCAAAGACCUUCCAUAAGCCCAGCCUCGAACAAGAAUUUCCAUGCGACGAUGAUAAAAAGCCUCAAAACUGAAAUUCAAAUCAGCAAGCUGGAAAUCGUCCAUCUCCAAAGUGUCCUCCGUGGCUAUUUAGAUCGUAAAAUAACUCAAAUCAUCAGCAGGACAAAACCAAUAAAAGCACAAAAUAGCUGAGACUCUCCCCUACUUAAGCAUUUUUUCCCUCCUUCUCUGCCCAUAUUACCAGAUCUUUUUUAA